UGUGAGAUGAUCAGCUGACUGCCGGAGGAGGAAGAGGAAUGAAGAUGGAAGGGAACAGGGACGAAGCAGAAAAAUGUAUAAAUAUAGCGACGAAAGCCCUCGAAGCCGGAGAUAAAGACAAAGCUGUGAAGUUUCUCAACAAAGCAGAGAAGCUGUACCCAACAGGCAGAGCAAAAGCUUUGUUGGACGCAUUAACGAAGAAUGGGAGCUCAGCGGGUAACGGGGCAUAUCGUAGGAGACCAGCAGAAAGCUCAGAAAGCACCGGUGCCCAGCCAGAAAGGGACAGCCAAGAGUCAGGAGGAGGCGACUCUUCUAAAGGCUUCAACAAAGAGCAGGUCGAAGGUGUGCAAAGAAUAAAGCGGUGUAAGGACUACUAUGAAGUACUGGGCGUCAGUAAAGAAGUCAAUGAGGAGGAGCUAAAGAAAGCCUACAGGAAAUUGGCGCUCAAGUUCCACCCAGACAAAAAUCAUGCACCUGGAGCAACAGAGGCCUUUAAAAAGAUUGGUAAUGCAUAUGCAGUGCUGAGCAACCCAGACAAAAGGCGGCAGUAUGACCUGACAGGAGGGGAGGAGCCGAGCAGCCCGGGUCACUCACACGGAGGAGGCUUUGACUUCCACAGGGGCUUUGAGGCUGACAUUACUCCUGAGGACCUCUUCAACAUGUUCUUUGGAGGUGGCUUCCCCUCCUCAAGUGCACACACCUUCACCAACAGCAGAACAAGCUACAGCCAUCAGACGGAUUAUCGACAAGAGAGAACAGAAGAAAGGGGAGAUGGUGGUUUCUAUUUUAUCCAGCUGAUGCCCAUCGUGGUCCUGAUUUUAGUGUCAAUUUUGAGCCAGAUGAUGGUGUCCCCUCCACCCUACAGCCUGUACACUAGACCGUCCACAGGUCAGACUGUAAAACGGCAGACAGAAAACCUGCAUGUCGACUACUACGUCUCCAGAGAUUUCAAGUCAGAGUUUAAGGGCUCAGCGCUGCAGCAGAUUGAGAAAAAUGUGGAGGAGGACUACGUAUCUAAUGUCCGAAAUAACUGUUGGAAGGAGAGACAGACAAAAACAGACCUGCUGUAUGCUGCUAAGGUAUACAGGGAUGACCGAAUGCGCAAGAAGGCAGAACUCAUGACCAUGGAUAACUGCAGGGAGCUGGACAGACUAAAUAACCUAUUCAGAGGCGGAUGAGCUGGAUGCUUCUUAGAUCAUGUAAAUGUCUGAAUAGAUGUGUAUGUUCAUGUUUUUUUUAAAAAAGAAAGUCUUUACACUAGGAGCAAAAAACUUGCUGAAAUAAAUUAGCUCUAUUGUUGAAGUUUUAAAA